CUUUCUCUGGCCGGAAACGAGCCAGUGUAAGCGGAAGUACGAGCAGUGUAGCUUCCUGGAAGUAAACAUCAAACUUAGAUCGAUUAUUGAUCAGCAGCUGACAGUAAAACCAGCUUUUAAACUCCGACCCGAUCACAGAACCGAACCCGUGCCGGAAAUCCGCGGCGUUAAGCACCGCCGGCUUCCGCUACUUUAGCCACCGUUAGCCUAGCCUAGCUGGGUUAGCUCGGUUCCAUCCGGAGCUGACUGGAUCAGAACGAACCGCUGCAGAACCGGAACCGGGUUCGGGAUGGGAGCCCACCGCAGCGAAGGCGGCCGAGAGUGGCUGGAGCAGGUCGGAGCAGAAAACCCGGACCAGAACCCGAAGCCGUGGAACCUGAUGAUCAAACACAGACACGUUCAGAGACGAGGACGCCGCUCACACACCACUGUCAGCUACACGGACCCUCAGGUGUCCAUGGACCUGCUGAGGGCGGUGCUUCAGCCCAGCUUCAAUGAUGAUAUCAUGGCUGUGUUCAGGAAGUACCAGAAGUUCUUUGAAAAGGCAGCAGAGAACGUGAAGGAGAACGUAGGUGAAGACGUCCAGACGGAUCAGCUGAUCAGGGAGGCCUGCAGGAACGUUCUGGAACAUGCCAAACAGCUGUUUCCAGAGGUGGAGGGGAAAAGGCCGGGGUCAGAGGUCACAGUGAAGAGAUCCAGAGCAGCUGAUGAAGACUUUAUUCUCAGAGGAAGCCCGAUCCCCAAGAAGAGGAAAGCUCGUCCAGGUCCCGUUGUCUCCUCGGACCGUUCUGUCAGCUACUCUGUGGUGAAGCCGAAGGCGGAGCCGGUGAAGAAGGAGGGGCCAAAGUGGGAUCCGUCCAGACUCAACGAAAGUAGCACCUUUGUUCUGGGAUCCAGAGCCAACAAGGCGCUGGGGAUGGGCGGGACCAGAGGACGGAUUUACAUCAAACACGCUGACCUGUUCAAGUACGCCGCCGACGCCAAGGACAAGCAGUGGCUGGCAGAGAGGCACCACAUGAGGGCGACGGGAGGGAAAAUGGCCUACCUGCUGAUUGAGGAGGACAUCCAGGAUCUGUCCCGCAGUGAUGAGUACAGGGACUGUCCGGAUGUGCGGAUGGACGAGCUGAAGCCGUUCAGUGUUCCUGUGUGGAUGGUGGAGAAGAUGCAGCGAGCCAUGGAGGCCCAGAGGGACAACGACCCCUGAUGAUCACAUGAUCAGCAGGCUCUGAUCAUGUGAUCAUUUUUAUCUGAUUCUUUGGUUUGGUUGUUUCUGCUGUUUCAAAAAUAAAAUCUGUUUUGUGGA